AUGGAGGAAAAACGGUAUAUUUCGUACAACAACGUUCAUCAGCUGUGUCAGAAAGCUGCUGAAACUAUUAAGCCUUUGGAUGUGGAUCUGAUCAUUGCUAUUGGUGGUGGUGGCUUUAUUCCAGCACGGAUUCUAAGAACGUUUCUGAAACAGGACGGACGCCCCAACUUGAAGAUCUUUGCGAUCGUUCUGUCGCUUUACGAAGACCUAAACACUGUUUCGACCGAGGAGGAGCAAGUGGGUGCCGAGGUGAAACGGAUUCAGUGGAUUAACUACAAAGAGAGCGGUAUCGAUCUGUGCAACAAAAAAGUUCUGAUUGUGGACGAGGUCGACGAUACAAGAACCACUCUUCAUUACGCACUGAAGGAGCUGCAAAAAGACGCUGCGGAACAAGCCAAGGAGCAAGGCCUGGAGUCGCCGAACACAGACUUCUACAUUUACGUGCUGCACAAUAAAAAUAAGCCUAAGAGAGCGGAGCUACCAAAAGAGAUUAUGGACAGCCAUUACAUUGCAGGCGGCCAGUUCCCCGACUGUUGGAUUGCGUACCCGUGGGAAAGCACGGAUAUCGUGAGCCACCAGCAGCACGCAGAAGAGCAGGGCUACGAUAUACAUAAAUAG